GGCGGGGCCAGGGUGGCACUUCCGGUUUCCGGUUGGUCUGCCAGCCUGGGCAGAAGGGAUGCGGAGGAGGCGGCGGCGAGAGAGAAGGGGAGGUUACCUUUUCACUGCCCCAGUAUCCUAAGUCGCUGACUCCCUUGAAGAAGAGGAGCAAUGGUUUCGAAGAGAGCCUUCCUCUGCAGCUUGGGCUCCAUCUACUUAUCCCUCCUCUUUGUUUUCCUGCUCAUGGAUGUCUACGCCCGGCCCGCCAACAACUCUGCCUUGAAAGAGAAGGUGAGCGACAACAACAACAACAAAGACGAAAACGAGAUCCUGCCCCCGGACCAUUUGAACGGCGUCAAGAUGGAGAUGGACGGCCAUCUUAACAAGGAGUUCCACCAGGAGGUCUUUCUGGGGAAGGAGAUGGAGGAGUUUGAUGAAGAUUCGGAGCCACGGAGAAACAGGAGGAAACUCAUGGUUAUAUUCUCAAAAGUAGACAUCAACAGGGACAAAAAAAUAAGCGCGAAGGAGAUGCAGCGCUGGAUCAUGGAGAAGACAGAAGAACAUUUCCAGGAGGCUGUAGUAGAAAACAAAAUGCACUUCCGGGCUGUAGACCCAGAUGGUGAUGGUCACGUCUCCUGGGAUGAGUAUAAAAUCAAGUUUCUGGCCAGCAAAGGAUUCAAUGAGAAGGAGGUUGCCGAAAAGAUAAAAAACAACGAGGAGUUGAAAAUCGAUGAGGAAACACAAGAAGUCCUCGACAACUUGAAAGAUCGCUGGUAUCAAGCUGACAACCCACCUGCUGAUCUCUUGCUGAACGAAGAAGAAUUUCUGUCUUUCCUUCAUCCGGAGCACAGUAGAGGGAUGCUGAAGUUUAUGGUCAAGGAAAUUGUCCGGGAUCUGGAUCAAGAUGGCGAUAAGAAACUGACUCUUUCGGAGUUUAUCUCUCUGCCCGUUGGCACCGUGGAGAAUCAGCAAGCCCAGGAUAUCGACGAUGACUGGGUGAAGGACCGGAAGAAGGAAUUCGAGGAAGUGAUCGAUGCAGACCACAACGGUAUUGUCACCAUGGAAGAAUUAGAGGAAUAUAUGGACCCCAUGAACGAGUACAACGCCUUGAACGAAGCCAAGCAGAUGAUCGCGGUGGCCGACGAGAACCAGAACCAUCACUUGGAGCAGGAGGAGAUCUUGAAAUACAGCGAGUACUUCACCGGCAGCAAGCUCAUGGACUAUGCCCGGAACGUCCACGAAGAGUUCUGAGCGCGUGACGGCGUUGACCCCCGGGCUCUCAAUGCACCUUCUUGCUUUCCAAAAACGAAACAAAGAGAGAAAAGAAAUUACCCUUUUGCUGCUAUCUCUGUGUUCUGUGUGUAUACAGUGUGGUGUUUUAGACAAGGAAGCCGUCCGCACAUAUUUAAAGAAGAGGAAAGAAAGAGACAGCUCUCCACCCUUCAAGAGGAAGGACUCCCUAAGUUCCCGGUUCUGUCCUCAUACCAACUUUGCCUGUGGGAGCUUCGGUUGCACCCUCUGAAGGCUACCAUCAUGUCUCUCCUUCUUCUCUUUGACUCCCGAAAGGCACUUGUAUUCUCUGAGGACCACAUGUCUUUUCAGGAGGUGUGGGAAGAAAGGGUUGUCGGAGUGUCAUUCUCAGGGGAAGGGGGUUAAUUUGGGCUUGCAUUUGCAGGGAAGAGUUGCUGCCCGAGAGGCUGCGUUUCCCACAGCUAUUGUCUUUGUUUUCACCCUGGGUUGGCAAGUCACUUUCUGAACAACGGAGUGAUGGAGAGGUUCCAUGUUACAAUACAAGGCUGCCUGGAAUUGGA